UCUUCUUCUUCCGACUUCCGACUAGCAGCUAGCUGGAGGCCGGUGUGUGCAAUUAAGUGCAUUGCAUCUUCUAAUAGCCUAAGCUUUGCAGUCUGUCGAAGGACAGUUUGCUGCAAAAGAAUAAACAUGGCUGUCUUGAAAGCUUCUGUUAUUAUAUUUUGUUUGCUCCUUUCUAUAAGUAUAAGUGUGGCAAAUGCAGAUGUGGAAGUUGACGAUGCAACCGCUGAUGGUAUGUGAUUAUGAAGGAGCUGAAGAUACUGAGUUUGUCCAAGAUGAAGAGUCAGUGCUUGUAUUGACCAAUGACAACUUUGACUCUGUUGUGAACAAGCAUGAGACAAUUCUAGUGGAGUUUUACGCACCAUGGUGUGGUCACUGUAAAAGUCUAGCCCCAGAAUAUGCAGCUGCUGCUGCUGCACUGCUGGAAAAUGAUCCACCAGUAGCUCUUGGGAAGGUCGAUGCUACAGUUCACACUGAGCUGGCCCAGAGAUUUGAAGUCCAAGGGUACCCAACACUCCGUUUCUUCAAGAAUGGAAAGGAUUAUGAAUAUGAUGGCCCCAGGUUUAAAGAUGGCAUUGUUGAGUUUAUGCAAAAGAUUGCAAAACCUGACUGGGCCCCAGAACCUGAGGCUGUGAUCACUCUGACUAAGGAUGACUUUGAUGAGGUCACAGAGAAUGAAGAGAUUAUGAUUGUGGAGUUCUAUGCUCCAUGGUGUGGUCAUUGCAAGAGGCUAGCUCCAAUUUAUGAGAAAGCUGCAAAGCAGAUGAAAAAGAAUGACCCACCGGUGAUCUUUGCUAAAGUCGAUGCCACCAAGGACUCAGAGUUGGCGAGCAGAUUUGGUGUCACUGGUUAUCCCACUCUGAAAAUUUUCAAAAAGGGCCGCCCCUUUGAGUACAAAGGUGAAAGGAACAGUGAAUACGAUUUCAUUUCUGCUGUAACAAAGUACAUGGGAGACGGAGCCAAAGAAAUUUUCAGUUUGAAGAUGCUGAAGGAUGUCUUCCCUCCAGAUGAUAUUACUGUUGUAGGGUUCUUCCAGAAUGCUGAGGAUCCAGGCAUUCAGUCUUACAAAGAUGUUGCUGAUGAACUGAGGGAUGACUACAAAUUUGGUAUUACAUUUGAUGAAGCCUCACGCAAAGCGUACAAAGUGAAUCCAGGCUCCGUGGUUGUGUUUAAUGCUGAGAGAUUCUACACAAAGUUCGAAGCCAAGUGGCAUGUGUUGAGUGUCAAGGAUGACACAACAGUGGCAGAGGUGAAACGGUUUGUGGAGAGCCACCAGGUGCCUCUGGUUGGUCACUAUGCCAAGGACCAGGUCAAACGUUACGACACCCUCAGGCCUCUGUGUCUUGUCUUCUACACUGUCAACUUCAGCUUUGACUACAGAGAUGUUACCCAGAUGUGGAGGAACAAGAUUGCAGCCAUUGCUAAGAACUACCCAGACAUCACCUUUGCCGUAGCUGAUGACGAAGAAUAUGCCAAUCUUAUGAUUGAUUUUGGGCUUGGAGAUUCUGGAGAAGAGAUGAACUUUGGGCUCAUCGGAUCUGAUGGCAAGAAAUAUGGCAUGGAACCAAUGGAGGAAUUUGACAGUGAAGCAAUCUCAGAGUUCCUUGACAGUUUCAAGAAAGGUAAGCUGAAGCCAUUCAUCAAGUCCCAGCGGGCACCAAAGAAGCAGUCGGGACCAGUGACGGUGGUUGUAGGGAACACUUUUGAACAGAUAGUGAAGGACUCUAAGAAGGAUGUCCUCAUUGAGUUGUACGCCCCCUGGUGUGGACACUGCAAGAAGCUGGAGCCUGCCUAUGCUGCCCUGGCCAAGAAGCUGAAGAAGGAGAAGAAUCUUGUGAUUGCAAAGAUGGAUGCAACUGCCAACGACAUGCCGGAUGAGUACAAGGCUGAAGGUUUUCCCACUAUUUAUUUUGCCCCUUCCAACAAGAAAGACCAACCGUUGAAGUAUGAUGGUGGGCGUGAAGUUGACGAUUUUGAGAAAUAUUUGAAAAAGCAUGCGACUGUUUCAUUUAGUAAUGCUGCGAAAGAAGAGUUGUGAUUCUGUUAAGAUAAUUACAUGUACGAGAAGUUAAUAACAUAUCCAUCUUAUGUGUUUUGUUAGUUUUUCCGGUAUGUUGUGUCUGGAUAAUGUCUUUAUUUUUACAAUAUAGUAUUCUGAAUGUAAUGACUGCUCAAAUGAAGCAAAAACAGACUUGUUAUUGUAGUUGAUAACACCAGCCAAAUGUUUAUGCUAUCCAUAAUGCUAGUAUUAUUUAUUCUACCUGCUUAUUUAAACCCACCUUUAUUUCUUUUUCUGUCUCACAAUAUUUUGUGGGUUUGACCUUUCUUUUGGUUAAUUUUUUUACUUAUACAUAUUGCCAUGAAUGGCAAAUUUAAACAAUAUUAAUUCCCAUGAAGUCAUGGUUUUUUAUUGUUCUGCUGAUUUAGAUGUUUUACCUGUCAUAAGAUUGCAAAGCUUUGGGUUUUUUUUCUAGUUUGUGUUUGCUAAUAGUUUUGUGUUUUAUUGAUAUAGACAAAUUUCUUAUAAGAACUUAAAAUGUUAGAAAAAUUUGUAAGUGCGCUGUUUACCCUUAUUUUAAAUUCAAAUGAUUGAAACUUUUUCUGUUCUCUCAGCUUGGAAAUGUAUUUGUUAGUUUGGAAGUGCAAAUGCAAAAAGAAUAAUUCUGUGGACGUGAAGAGAAGCUUUAAACGCCCUCAACUCCAUGCAAUGCAGUUUGGUUCGGAAGAAUAGGUUAAAAUUUGGCUAUUUAUAGCAUUGAAAGAAGAUACUGAAAUGCUUCUGUUGACAGGAUUGUCCUUGACUGUUUUUACAUGGAUGUAGAAAUUGACUUUUUAUGUGUUUGUUGUCGAAAAUACUGUAUCUAUAUCUUUUGCAAAUGGUGGAAGGGUACAUAUUUAGAAUUCUAACUUUUUCUGUUAAUCUUCUGUAAAGCCAACCAUUUCUUUUCAGUUAUCCAUAUCCAAUGAUUUUUUGCUGUUAUCUCAAGCUAUCAAGAUCUUUAUUAUUUUCUGUUUACCCAAUGACUUACAGUGUCUGUUUAUCCCGCUAUUUUUUCUGUUUGCUUUUUAGAGUUAAUUUGCUCAAAUUUAGUUUUGUUCUAGUGAGUUUUGUAUGUGCCAAAAAGAAAUAUAUGGGUAACUUGUUGAAAAUGUACUCUCUAGCAUGCACAUAUCGAACACGCAGAUGGUGAACAGAUUGUCAGGCUCCCAAUUUUUUCUAAUAUAUUCUUUGUAUUCAAAACACACACAAGGCUAAAACAAUUUGUACAUAUCCCCCCCAAAAAUGGCGUCAGCGAGGGUACAUGUAGUUAAGCAGGGCUACAAAUUUCAUUCACCAAAGUAUCCAUGAUGAGAGAGAGAGAGAGAGAGAAAGAGUGGCCACAGUAUGAAUGUAGGCCAAUGACCUCUCUCUAAGCCAAGGGCAAUAGUGUAGGCCAAGGAGUGUUUAUUGCUUGUAUGAUACAUCACGUCACUGAAGUAUGGAGAGGUGGAGCUAGUCUGGACACCUUAUUUUGCGCAUGGAGAUUCUGCGGUUACUUGAAAGCACGUACAUAUUACCACAUAUGUCAGCGCACUUUCUCCUCAGCUGAGAUGACACACUAGUCAACAGAUUGCUGGCAUUCUGCAAAGCUAGGUCUAUAUGAAGUUGUAAAGAGGCUUCUCAGCCAAGGAAAACAGCUGUUCCUAGCAGAGAUUGAUGAAAGAUCUAAAUGUGAAAAAUCCAAUUCUGCAGAACAUUAAAUGACCGGUAUCCCCGUAGGUUGGUGUGGCACAGGGGGUAGAAUCCAUCUUGCAUUUUGACUCUAUUGUCCAACUUUGUUUAUCUCCCUUGAUAUAGCCUGAAGUUCAUGCACAGCGAAUUUUGUAGGCCCUACAUCAUGAAAAGAUUUUUGUAUCCUGCUGAUUUCACUAUGUGCUUGCUAGACUGUUUUCAUUUUAAAAUUAUGUAAUUUCAGACAAUAUCUAUUUGCUUGAUUACUACUCUGUGGUUUGAUUUUCAUAACAUUCCCAGACUUCCACAAAUCACUCAUAAAAAUUCAAGCUUUACGUAGUCAAAUUCAUACAUAUACUAGAUGGAUAUUUAUGCAUUAUCCACAAAAAGUUUGAAAUCGUCCAUCAUCAUUUUCCAGAAAUUUGGAGGGUUUUUUUCUUUUGAGACUGUACAUAAAUGACAUACCAGUGUUCUCUUGAAAAACAGUACGUUGUCCUGUGUCUUCAUUGUUUUAUUAAUGUAGUUAGAGGUAAACAUGUCCUUUGAAAGAUCACCAAUAGGCUGUUUUCAGUUUAUAUAUUCAUUAGAAAUAAAAGGGGAAGCAUUUUACUUUCUUUUUAUAGAGAAGCAAACCUGAAUUUAUUCCUUUUUUUUGUCCACCUUUUACUGUAACUAUUUUUGUUUUUACCAAAAAAAUUGAAUACAAUAACAAUGAUAUGCUACUAUGUACUAACAUUUCUUAACACUUUUAUAUUUUCCUUCACUGUCCGCGAAAGAAAAUCAGGACUUACUGUAGGACCAAAAAAAUAAAACAAACUUACUGUGGUCAUGCACGUUAUAUUAUUUUUCAGACUUUGACUAAUUUGAUUUGGUGACUGUUCUCAUUAAGUUUACCUCAUUUUAGAUUUUUUUUAAAGGCCACCCUCAGCUCCUCGUGCAAUUCUUGUUUCUGUUGUUGAUCAUGUUCUUAAUUAGACUGAGGUGUGUAAUUAAAGGUGCUUAUGUCUUUUACCGCAAAAUGUUUUGAUAUUUCUUUCCUUGAUGGCUCUCCGAGUCCUGUGCCUUGGAUGUGAAGGUUUCUGUACUUACAUAUUUAGUGUAUUUGCCACUCUGUUUAUCCAGUUCAUGCCAUGUUGAUAAUUUUGCUGAAGCAAGACUGGGUCUGGGUGACAAUUGUUCCUUGAUGCAUUUGUAGAAUGCAAUGUUCAAAGUAAUGGGUUAAAUAAAUGUACUUUAAUUCUUA